CUAUAUGACUGUUACACCACACAAAUUGUGAAGUCGCCAUAUUGAAAACUGCAUUGUCAUUUCACAUUGAACGAACUAAAUUUUUUUCUUUCCUUAAGAUGGACAGAAUAUUACGGUUAGGAUCUGGUGGUAUUCCUGGGGUCGGGCAGGUUUGUUUAUUUAUUGAUACGUACGCUUCAUAACGAGACACAACGAUGUUUAAAAACCUUCACAAAUUCUCCUUCAACACGUUGAAACAAUAAUUUUUAACAAAGUUUGAUUUGACCCACUUCCCUCAGUUGUAUCCGGUGAAAAUACGUUUUUUGUAUAAAGUAUGCUAUUAGGACAUAAUUAAGGAUCGUAUUCUAAGCUUAACUGUACUUAAAUUGACGGAUGUAACCUUGGGAGUCUUCUCUCUGAAGAUGAUUUCCGCUCAGGUUGUAGAAAUGCGGUGAAAACGCCGGUCUCUGACACUAACAACUGUGUUUUUCACACUACUCUCUUCAUCCGGACGUUCACCAUGCAUCUUUCAAUGUUGUACUCGUGUUUAAACCGUUUACAAUCUUACAAGUCAGUUUCGGGGCAACAAUUCAAAGUUAAUUAGCUUUAUUGACAAGAGAUUCUACUUACUGUAAUCAAACAACGAACUACAUUUAAUUGGAGGAACCAGCAGAGCUAGAGGAACGAGGUCGUGUUGUUUAAAACUAAUUUUCAAAUCGAUCUAACUCAACCAAAAUGAAGUGUAAGUGAAUAAUCUUGAUUCCCACACUUAAUCAUAUUUUAAGACAUGUCAGAAUACCUUUAUCUCAGUUUCAUGUGAAUACGUGAUGUGGAGAUAUCUGAUGUGAUCACAUGUUCAUUUUGACCUUAGGCUCCUCCAAGUGAUGCACCAGUUGUUGAUACUGCAGAACAAGUUUAUAUCUCUUCACUAGCUCUUCUUAAGGUAUGAUAAUAUUUUUUCACAUGAAACUCACAACUGGCAACAAAUUGUUUCACUUAGAUACCAUGUCACAUACUUACAUCCCCACUUGCCUUGUGGGUUGUUUUAGAAUUACACCAAGUCAUGUUCUGGCAAUGUUUCAAGAAUUUUAUGAUUUUAAUGUUCAUUUACAAUUGUUGAAAUUCUAACAUUUUUCUUUCAUUCAAUUUACUUUUAAUUCCUGAAUGUACUCCUGGAAAGAUGUUAAAACAUGGUAAGUUAUAAUUUAAUAUGAUACACUGUAUAUUGGUUAAUUUCGGAGAUGAAACCAAUUCGAUGACGUUUUCCACCCCUUAAUUUAAUUUAUGACCCCUUAGGGUGACUAGCAUCUAGUUUCUCCUCACAUCAUCAGCCCGAAUUAAGGUCACAAAGGAUAGAAAAAAGAACAAAGGUCACAAAAACUAAGGAAAUGAUCACCAGCGAAAGAUGCAUUUGAUUGUUAAACAAAGUCUCCUUGUCAACAUCCUUAAAAGAUUAUAUUAUGGACAGUAUGGAGAAUAUGCAUACUGAUGUUGGGGUGUAAAGGGUUAACAUAUUACUUGGAGCAAGUAAAACUUGUGAAUUGAUAAGUUUCAAUCUAACUUUUGUUGGGCUGUCACACAUUGUACAGUUCAGUUAAUGAUUUGAAGAGUUCAUGACAACAGUUGAUGCUUUGGGCUUUUCAGUCUGCUUUUGUUAAUGAGAUAAUUUCCAUUUCUAUUCUAAUUUUUAUAUAAGUGGAAUGUGUCUUCUGGGCUUUUGCCUUCUGCUAGUUGAUAACAACAACAUACCAGCUGGGACCUCUAUUAAAAGAAGUGGAUGAAACAAGAAUUAGCCCAUUUUCUCCAUUUCUUCAGUCUGCUUUAAAAAAAAACUUGAUGGAGAGGUUCUUGACAAUGGAACAUAAAGUUUCUGGCUAAUAAUGUACUGUAUCAUAAUUUGAAUUUUAAUUUGAACCUGUAGAGAGAUAUUCAUCCAUCUACCAUUAAUUUUUUUAAAAAUUAACUCUUACUUUUUCAGGCAGAGCAGGUGUUCCAAUGGAAGUCAUGGGUCUAAUGUUGGGAGAAUUUGUGGAUGACUACACUGUGCGAGUGAUCGAUGUGUUUGCCAUGCCGCAAAGUGGAACAGUAAGUUCACAUUAAAAGUUGUUGGGAGAAAAUUUAAUCUCUAAGCCCCUUUGUUUUGAACUUUUUGCCUGGUAUUUAGCAAAUGUUUACCCAGUAUCACUGCACACUAACCUGUAAAAGGCCUUGCAGUGCUUAAUUAUUUUUCUAUAAUUUGAGGUAUUUAUUUGUUAUUUAUUGACAGGGUGUGAGUGUGGAGGCUGUUGAUCCUGUUUUUCAAGCUAAGAUGUUGGACAUGUUGAAGCAAACUGGCAGGUACACUGUCUGGUAGAUCCUUUAGAACAGUAGACAAUAGCUUGUCCAUCUAUAAAAGCAAUGAAUAUCUACUUUAGAUGGGAUUUUAUUUGUAAAGGUCUGUAUCCCCAGACAGGGAUGCUUGUAAAGAUGAAAGUCUGCAGAUAACUUUGUGAGGUUGAAGUUUGCAACUUAUCUGCAAGUUUGCUUUAGGUGUGAGUAAUUUGCUGUUAAAGCAAUUGCAACCUACCUGCAUUGAUCAUUUUUUUAGCUUUGUAUAUAAGUUGCAGAUCAAAACAUCAUUCAUUUCAUUUCAUUAUGAGCAAAAAAAGUUUCUCUUAGAGAUUAAAAUGGAGGGGGACUGAGGAUAGAGACAUCACUCCUACAGAGAACCCCACCAAUUAUUGCUCAAAUGCUUAUUUGAUUGUCUGCCAUUCCUGAGAGCUUGGCACUGGCUAAAAAUUAACCUCACGGCUGGCAUUUUUCAUGUAAAUUCGUUAAAUGUCAUUGUAUUUUUUCAGGCCAGAAAUGGUGGUUGGCUGGUACCACUCUCAUCCAGGCUUUGGCUGUUGGCUCUCAGGAGUUGAUAUCAACACUCAACAGGUGAUUGAUUUGGUAUUGUGAUUAUUUCAAUUAGUUGCAGUCUUCAAUGAAGGACUGCUAUUGAGGGUGUUGAAUUGCCCUGGUUGUCAAAUUGUCUUGUGGCACAAUCAAGAAUAGUUCUGUACAGUACUCCUCUCACUCUGGUGGUGGCAUUGUGGCUGAGUGGUUAGGGUGAAGGACUUGUAAUCUAGUGGCCCUGGGUUCAAGCUUCUGCCUUACAGUGUAGUUCAGCUCCUUUGCUGCACUUUAUAUCAUGGCAACCAGUCUACUGCCUGCCAGUUGGGAUUUUUAAAAACAUUAUGUUCAUUCACAUUGUUUGUUUCCAAUUUGUUUUUAUUGGCCUUGAGAACCCCAUGGGGGGGGGGGGUGGUCAAAUUAGUAUACAUAUAUACGUACGUUAGCUACCAAAUUGCUUCCCUUUUGUUGUGUGUUUUUACUUUUUUUUGAAUUUUAUUGGAGGUUUGAAAAAGCAUUCUUAAUAAAAGUAGCAAUCCCCGCAUUGAGGUGACCCCCCUUAAAGGGUCAAUCCCAAAAGUAGUGAUCAUUCCUUCCUCCCCUCCCCCUUCCCCCAAAAAAAAAAAAAACCGAAAAGAAAAAGAAAAAGAAAAAGAAAACGAGACUCCUGGAGAUAAGCCACCCACGCUUAUGAAACAUGGUGACUCAGAUCAAAAAAAGAUUCUUUUCCAAACUUGUUAUAAGUGUAAAUGCAAUUUUGUACCCAUUUUUUUUUUAUCUUUUUAUUUCCACAGAGUUUUGAAGCACUCUCUGAAAGAGCUGUUGCAGUUGUUGUCGAUCCCAUUCAGAGUGUAAAAGGAAAGGUAAGAGUAUUCCGGUUCACUCUGUGGAAGACAGUACAGACUCUUGUGAAAAAAAUUUAGGUUGGGCAGCUUUCUUGGACAAUUCAUACUUGUGACACUGUGAUAAGUUACAUGUACGUGUGCUGUACAGCUGUGAAACGUGUAUUUGCCCAGGAAAACGCCAUUUACCAAACAAUACUGGUACAACUUUGAAACGUGUAUUUGCCCAGGAAAACGCCAUUUACCCAGCAAUACUGGUACACGUGUUUAUAUUUAUUUUUUUUCGACCGCAGGUUGUUAUAGAUGCAUUCCGUCUCAUUAAUCCGAACAUGAUGGUCCUUGGUCAGGAGUCGCGACAGACGACCUCAAAUCUUGGACAUUUACAGAAGCCUUCAAUACAGGUAUACUUGUUAAAAAAUUAGGAAAGUAGAUGAAAUGUUGGAAAUUCGUAUUCACGAGUACCUGCAUAGUCUGACCCAUGUUCCUUUUGUUUCCUUUGUAGGCUCUGAUACAUGGUCUGAACAGACAUUACUACUCAAUCUCUAUCAACUACAAAAAGAAUGAACUUGAACAAAAGGUAUUGAAACUUGUUGGAACCCACUGCCUUGAAAUUGUUGAAAGUGCGCAAUCAUAGAAAUGAUCUUGCGAUGUUUUCAAGCCUGUUAAUUGAGGUGAAAAGAUGAUGUUUCAGUUGGUUACACAGGCAUACUUGAGUGGAGUUCUCUUAGCAGAAAUUCGAAUCCGUAAUCGGGGGGUUUUUCCGAGCAUGUCUCGUCACUGACUGAAAGUACAAAUGCUACGAACGGGAGCAGUUCUGGGCUUCUUGUCUCCUAACUCUCAUUUCCUAGUGUUUUUUGUUGUUGUUGUUCUUCAGAUGUUGUUGAAUCUGCACAAGAAGACAUGGAUGGACGGUUUAACUUUGCAAGAUUAUGACGACCAUUGCGCAUUGAAUCAGAAAACAGUUAAAGUAAGUUUAAUCUCUAACAUGCUUCACUUAACAAAAUCGUUAUAGCGAGUCAAAGCAUAAACAAUAUAUACUCCUCAGAAUUGAACUGUUAUUGGAAUAUUUCUCCGUGUGUAAUUUUGCACGAAUGUCUGGCUCUUCAAGAGAUUCAACCAAUUUCGUUCAACUGUGCAAGGGAUAGAUGUACUUCGUGUAAAAACUUCUCUCCCGAAUGAAGGGCGAGCAGGCUUGUAGUUGACAAAUUCGUUUGUAUGUUGAUAACCCUUACUGCUUCUUUCGUUGCUGUUGCGAGAGUUAAACGACGGCUGCAUCAUCACUCAGUUUACAUCAACUAGUUGUAGAAUAGUUCCGAGUUGACGGUAUACAGUGUUGAAGCAGUUUUUUUAAAUUUCAUCCAGGAAAUGUUGGAGCUUGUCAAGAGUUACCACAAGGUAAGAUUACUAUUCUAAAGUAGACUGUGAACAGACCCCUUCUUUUUGCGCCUAGACAAAAAGUUUUACAUGAAUUACUUUACUCUUUUUUUUGUUAGGCUGUAGAGGAGGAAGACAGUAUGACUCCAGAACAACGGGCCAUAAAAAAUGUCGGAAAACAGGUUAGUUGUUACAGGAUCUUUUGGUUUGGCCAGCUAUGCCCCAAGCGCUGACGUUAGGGGCCCUUCACUUCAGAAAGAACUGGCUGACAAGGCACUGUUUCCGCGUUUUUAUCUCGGGUCUGCUCUUUGAUCUCCACUGAGCGCGAGCUCAUUUUAAAGUUUAAGUGCAUCAUGAUAGGGGACGCAAUUUUGUGAAAUCAAAAUAUCUUUCUUCCUUUCCUCUUUUAGGAUCCCAAGCGGCAUCUGGAAGAGAGCGUAGAAGUGAUGAUGACGUCAGACAUCGUCCAGUGCCUCGGCGCCAUGCUCAACUCGGUCGUCUUCUAAAGUUUUAGAACCAAUCUGUGCUCUUGUAUAAUAAUUAAACUAAAGCAAGAAUGUAUUCAAAGGAGUGAUUGUCUUGACCAAACUUGUCUUAAUAAAGCUUAAGGGAACGAGAGGUUUCUUCUCCCUUAGUUUUCUUGGGAAGUGGACAAAGACGCUCAAGUAUCGACUUCGUGUACUAGACCCAGUCUUCCUUAUACGGGUCAAAACAUAUCGGAGUUAGGUGGACCUCGUUACCAGUCUCAUUUAAGCUGCGGGAAGAGAAGGCUGAGUAGAAAUCUGAGAAAUGACAUUGGGUUCGUAUUUGCAAAAUAAAAAACGGAAACGA